AUGGAGAAGCAAACAGAGACUCCCGUUGUACCCGAUCUCGAGGCCUCCCCAGACGCUCCCGACGCCCAAAAGACCACCGUCACCCAACGAUGGAAGCAGAAUCUGACAACCACGCACGCAGACCUAGUCUGUCUGCUCCUCUGCUUCCUCACAGGCCUAUGUGAUAGCAGCGCAUACAAUGCCUGGUCCUGUUUCCUCGGCAUGCAAACCGGAAACACCAUCUUCCUCGGUCUCGGUGCCUCCAACCAACCCAACAACAAGCCAUUCGGCUGGCUGAAGUCGCUGGUCUCGAUCCUGGCCUUCUUCUUCGGCGCGAUGAUCUUCUCGAUCGCAAUGCGCGCUGUCGGCGCCGUCCGUCGCGGAACACUCUUCGUCUCCUUCCUCGUGCAGACUUUGCUCAUUAUCAUCGCUGUGGCGCUGAUCGAGGCCGAUCUCAUCCCUCACACUUCUGAUGACGCGAAGCUGGACGGCGGUCCGCUCUUCCUUGAGUUGAUCCCGAUCGCGUUGCUGGCUUUCCAAUCUGCGGGUGGAAUGACUUGCAGUCGUUCGCUGGGAUACAAUGAGAUUCCGACGGUGGUCUUGACUAGUGUUUACUUUGACAUCGCGUCGGAUCCGAAGAUCACGGACAAGCCGACGGGCAAUGUCAAGCGCAAUCGUCGUGUGGGCGGCGUUGUGGCUCUGCUGAUCGGUGCGAUUGUUGGUGGUUGGCUGAGUAAGAGCAGUGGUGGUAUGGAGUCUGCUCUGUGGAUGGCUGCUGGCAUCAAGCUUGUUGCUGCGUUCGGGUGGUUGUUCUGGAAGGCUGCGCCUGCGAAAUAG